AUGAAAAUUUCUGCAUUAUUUUUGAACGUUGUCUUUUCUACUGAUCCAACUUCGACCGAAGCUGCCGAACAGUCCAGUACAACUGUGGUUACAACGACAGGAUCAGAUUUAGCUGCUACAGGAGCUUCAUCUUCUUCGACGGAAUUGCCAAGUUCGUCGACGACAACAACAGAAACGCCAGCAGAGUCUGAGCCAUCGGUUGUUCCCGUUUGCCCGCCCCAAAGUGUCCCAUCCGUAGAAUAUGAUAUGAAAAUCAAGACCACCGGAGAUCUCUUCGCCGGCACAGAUGAUCCCGUCUACAUCAUGUUCAACGGAGAGAACGUUUCAACUAAACUGACUCAAAUUCCGGAUGACCCACAACCUUCUGACUUUGAACGAGGGCAAACAGACGAAUUUACAGUAACAGUCACUGGAAUCGACGAAAUCAAAUCGGCGACAAUCAUCAAACCAGGAAACGACAGGUGGUACGUGGAAGACUUCUCGCUCACCGCUGGAAACUCUACUCUCGAGUUUGAUUGUUUUAAAACGCGAGUCGAUGGCUCCCAAAAACCGCUCGUUUGUACACUAAAAGAAGAUGCUGCUGAUGAUAAAUCUGAAUGA